AAGCUAUCCCAUUCCUAGUACUCCAAGCACACAAACACAGGAAGAUCAUUUAGCUCCCAUCCUGACUGAGCGCCGGACACAAGCUGAAUAUUGUGGAGCUGAUUAUUGAUGCUGGUAGCAUUACAUUGGGAAUAUUCACAGAGAUAAAGUGCCUGCAUAGAUUAAAGCAUGAACUCAUCCAGCCAGUACACAUCCAUUAACCGUGCAUUGAUCGUUGGUGGAACACAUGGAGAUGAGAUGUCUGGAGUUGUGCUGGCCAAGCACUGGCUCAAGGAUCCUUCUGAGCUUCACAGGAAAACGUUCACCACUAAGGCUGUAAUAGGCAACCCUCUUGCAGUGGAACGUUGUACGCGUUACAUUGACAUGGACCUCAAUCGCUCGUUCGCCCAAGAAAACCUAAGUGCCUCAGAAUCUGAGAGUGAUCCAUAUGAGGUUAAACGUGCAAGAGAAAUUUAUCAGAACCACGUAAAAAAAGAACCUGUUGAUUUCAUUUGUGAUCUUCACAAUACAACUUCUAACAUGGGUGCUACUAUACUGCUCUGCAAAGCAGGCGAUCCCUUCUCACUGCACAUGGCAAAUUACUUACGGAAAAACUGUUUGGAUUAUGCCCUGCCAAGCUAUGUUUACCUCAUCGACACAAAAGAGGGUGAAAAUAUUUACCUGCAGAAUAUUGCAAGGCAUUCUCUGGCCCUAGAGCUUGGCCCACAGCCUCAAGGAGUGAUCAGGGCAGAUAUUCUUUCAAGAAUGAGAAAUCUUGUAAACUGCUGCUUGGAUUUCAUUGACCUUUUCAACCAGGGUACAGAGUUUCCAUGUUUUGAAUUGGAGAUGUACAAAGUAGCAUCCAAAGUGGAUUACCCUCGAGAUGCUGAUGGUGAAAUUGAAGGCAUUAUUCACAAGGAGUUGCAGGACAAAGACUACCUUCCUUUGAAGCCAGGAGAUCCCACCUUCCAGACACUUAAAGGAACGGAGCUAUUCUAUGAUGGCAAGGAAGAAAUCUACCCCACGUUCAUCAAUGAGGCAGCUUAUUAUGAGAAGAAAGUUGCAUUUAUAGCUAUGCAAAAGAUCCACCAAGUAGUGCCAGCUCUUAAAGUUCAAGGAUAGCUUCCAUGGAUAAAACACUGGAGAGACAAAUAACUAUUUUAUUUCGGAUUGAGCCAAAGCUGGAUUAAGAUUGCCUAGGGCUCUAGUUAGGAUGACAGAUAUGGCCCCCUGCUAGAGCCCUGGGCACUGUUGCAUGAAUGGGGG